AUGAACGAAACGCCCGCUAAAGGCGGUAAGGCAAAAAUGAAUGAAGAAAAUAAAGAUAACAAGGAAAACAAAGAUAAGGAGGAAAACAAUGAUAAUGAGGAAAACAAAGAUAACAAGGAAAACAACGAGGGAAACCCAAACAUUGAGGCAAUCCCAAACAAUGAGGAAAUCCCAAAUAAUGAGGAAAACAUUGAUAAUAUAGGAGAUAAGGACAAAGAAAACAAUGUCAAAAAGAACAUGAAGACAAAGGCAAAUAUUCUUGAUAAAUAUAUUUCUAAGGAAAUGGCCCCUGAAAUAACCCCUGGACUUUUGCACAUAAGUGAUAGAAUAAAGGACGUGAUCAUUAACGAGGCAAAAGCAUUAAAUAUCUACGACCUUACGGAUCCAGUAUGGAAUGACAUUUCACUUAGACCGAAAGCCUACCUGAGUCUCCCAAGAGCACAAAUUGCGACUCUAUUCAGAGCGCACUCAAUGUGCCCCUCAGAUCUAGGCGAGGUCCUAUGCCCAUUUUGUGUGACCGGUUACGACCGAGGCUUACACUACACCACCCAAUACUUGUGUGAUAACGGCGAUCCAGGAACUGAUAAAAGCGCUGUACCCACAACACUUAAUGACAAUAGUAAUGCGGGGACAGACCCCAUUGCAAACCCCAGUUACCCCACUCUAGAGGCACAAAUGAUAAUUGAGAACACAAAGAAGGCUAAUGAGAAUAUCAUUAUGAACAACCUACUACGAGAUGACGAAACGCCUGAUAACGAAGACAUCGUUGAGGACAACGAUAAUGUUAUAACAGACGUAAUAACUGUCAACGGAGAUAAUGGUGAGGACAAGGAUAAUGCUAUAACAGAGGCAACGGCUACCAACGAAGACGCCGUUGAGGAUAAUGCCAUACCAGGAAAUAACAGCGACGAUAGCCAGAAGAUUACGCACACGGAAAAUAAUAUGUGUACAUCGAUAAACAAA